AUGUCCCCACGAAACCCAACAGAUCAUCAAAAAAAGGACCUAGAAACCUUCCGCAAUCCGAGUCUUGACGAAGAUGGUGUGAGUGAGAUCAUAAAUGCGAAGAAGACAGAGAUUGAUGCUCAAAGUGUAACGUCCAUAUCCGAUAGACUUGUUGACAAAACACCAUGGAGAUCAGUGAUCAUCGCCGGAGGCCUGGGAUUUUGUCAGGCCGUUCAAUUUACAUUGUAUUUUAGCUCAACUUGGCCGUAUUUGCAAGUGGUAAAGUGACGAAAAUCAAGUUUUAUUUUCACUUUCAGGUUGACCGUGACUCCACCGAAGAAUUCUACGGUGCGGUAAUUGCCAUAUACUCCAUUGGCCAGCUAAUUUCCUCUCCUCUUUUUGGCUAUUGGAGCACCAAAUCUAGAGGGGUCAAAGCGCCGUUAGUAACAUGUCUAAUCUUGUCUAUGAUUGGGAAUUUUACCUAUGUUCUGGCCGAAAUUCUCCCUCAUAAUGCUAGAUAUCUCGUAAUAUUCGCCAGGUUGAUUGUGGGCAUUGGCUCGGGAAAUGUGAGUGUGCUGAAGAGUUAUGUGGCCAUGGCGAGCACACAGCAAGAUCGCGGAAGAGCCUUUGCUUUUCUGACCGGAGGCAUUACUCUGGGACAGACGACUGGACCAGGUGAGAGAACUAGGAUUUUUUUUGUAAGUAAUGGAAGAGCUUUUUCGGAAGAUUUCUCUAUGCAAUGAUGUAUUUUUUACAUUUUUUAGUUCUCCAACUUCUCUUCACGAUGAUUGGGUACCCUGGAAUUCCCAUGUUCGGUCGAAUGAAAUUUAAUAUGUACACUUCGGCUGCUUACUCCGCCGUGGCAAUGAAUUUUUUGGCACUAUUCUUUCUUCUCGGUUUAUUCGAAGAAAAAUACGCAGGAAUUGAUAAAUCUCAACUGGAAAAGGUAAUAAAAUUUACUCUUAAUCUAAUCAUUGGCCUCUUCAACGCAUUCUUUUCGUAUUUUAGAAAACAAAAGAGGAGAAAUCGAUGGACCAAAAUCGAUUACCGCCCUUCGAUAUGAUCGCUGUUUUUGUAUGUUACUGUACAAUCUUCGCACAGCGUUUUACCUUUGUCAAUUUGGAAACGUAAGCAUUUAAAUAUCGAAAUUGUAGUACCGCAGGUUAAAUGCACCAAUGGGUCAGACCAUUUUUGGAUACACUAGACUGAGAGUGGUUCAAGUUCUCGGUGUUGUUCAUGCUGCGUCAACAGCAGUUGCGUUGGUGUUGUACAUCGCGUUUGUUGUCUUCAAAUUGGAUCGGUAGUAAGUCAUAAAUAUACAGCUCUUUUUUAAAUCUAAAAUUUGCUAGAUUUAAGUAAGGAUAUUAAAAUGGGGUUUUUUUCAGCAUGAACCUGCGUCGUCAAGUGAUAAUCGCCUUCUUCGGGCUGUUGAUCUUCCACUUUGUAACCUAUGCAUGGCCAUUUUUGCCAGGACGUCCGGAAACGUAUUCUCAGCAAGGUAAGUCGACAUUAGACAUGUACAGCGAAGUCACUGUACAACGAACGCCUGCAAAAUAAAACCCGUAUAUGGAGAGCGAUUCUGAAGUAACCAAGGGUUGAAUUUGGCAAAAAAUUGACCUCCAUUGUUUAACAUCUGUUAAACGAAUCUCUUCUAUAACGCACGGUUGAAUACCUGAUAAGCAGUUUAUUCGUAAAGAAGAACCUGUUGUACCUAUAGGAAGAAUUCAAAAAAACCAUUGCAACUUAACCGGAACAUUCUUUUUCUCGACCAGAAGGCUCAAUUCCGACUCCAGUCUGAGCUUCUUUGCCACAUUUUUAGCCGCUAAAGUCACCAGUUAAACUAAAACAUCAAAGCCUUAUCACCAUUAUCUCUAUAUGUCCCUAUAAAUUGACACAUGUCCAUGAGGAACUUUUCAGAGUACGACCUUGCUCAAGACAAUGGAACCGAGCUGACUGGUUGCAACAGCGAUCGCUUUGAUUGGUGUGAAAGCGUGCCGCGAGUCGACGAAUAUCUCUUUUACAUUACAACUGUAAUCUUUGUUGGGUUUUGCCAGCCAAAUAUCAACAUCACUUUGAACACUUUGUUCUCAAAGAUUCUCGGGCCGAGAAGAAUUGUAAGUGCCAAAAUAGGACUGUAACAAUUGUUCGGUCUCUACAAACGUCAACUUUAGGGUACCCAGCAAGGGAUCCUUCAAAUGUGCGGAAGUGCCGCCAGAUUAGUCGGGCCCAUCCUGGCCAGUCAGGCUUACACCAAAUAUGGACCUCAGAUCCCAUGGAUAAUGUCGAUUGCUGUGGUGGCUUUUGUGAUCGCCGCAUGGCUCGUUUUCCAUAAUCGAAUGGUACCUUUGGUAAUCCCCGAGAAAGUGGAAGACUCAGUUUUUGUUGAUACUGAUAGUGAUGAAGACAACGUUAAAAAAGAUCGACUCAAGUUUUAGUUUUGUUAAAUUUUUGUAACUUUUUUGUGAUCUCCUCAAUGAGGCCUGUAUAUAUGUAUAAUAACAUCCGAUUCGAAUUAUUUGGUAGUGUUUUUGACAAUAAAAUCAUUGAUAAAUUCUUUGAUCAACUUUUCUCUGUGUCGAGUCUCCUUGUUUUCUAUAGUCUCUCACUUGCAAUGAUCGUUGAAAAUUUUGACAGCGCUUGCAAAACGUGAGUUAAAAUCUUUCGUAAUUGAUGUGUGACCAAUGUGCAAGAAAUAGGCAAAAUUUUAUGGGAAACCGAGAGUUGAGCCUCGGGCAUCUUUACUGUCAAAUUUUUAUGCUACAGCAAGGUGCAAUUGAAAAAAAGACUUGCUGUUUUGACGGUUCAAAUUGGUCAUCAUUUUGUGGCUUGAUUUAAAGACCUUGUGCGCUCUCUGUCACCUCACAGGGAGCUGGGUAAAAUUUGGUGGUUAUAUGUAUUUAUACGACCCAUACAACUACAGAAUUGUUAUCAAAUUUGCCACACAAAUUUUCAGUUUUUCCCACAAUCAGCAAUCUCCAUUUUUUCCCGCCUUCCACAUUCCCACUGACCCUUUCAACGCGAUCAUCACGCGCCCCAAUUAUUCAAAUAACUCUGUUUACGGCUCAAAGGCGACGGAUCGACCGCGAAAUGACCGUUUUUGCGGCUGAUUCAAACAAAAAUUUUUAGGGAAUCGAAAAAAGCGAAAAAAGUUCGGGAAAUGGAGCAAGGGAAACAGGGGGAAGCAAAGGUCGAGACCCACGAGAGUUUUUGAGUUGAGACAAAAUAAAUUGUAAGGGCGAAUCUCCCCCCUCUUUUUUCUCUGAUUUUCCGAACAUUCGCGUUUUGAGGGAGCGGGGAUUUGAAAUGUGUAAUGGUUGGCAGUUUAGGGUAAAUAUUGAGAUUGUAGUUGGAUUUUCUAGGGAGAAUGGUAACGAUUUUUUGGGAAUGAAUCUCGGAAUUUUCUGGGAGAAAUUUUGUGAGGCUUUUGGUAUUUUCUAUUUUUGAAAACUUUUUUUUGUAUCUAAAAAAUGACGUGUUGGAAUGACUUUACAGAUUACAUCUUUGCCAUGGCCGAGUCUAUCAAAAAAUUUUGAAUACCCGGGGCAAAAAAUUUCUAACAACGGAAUUCUCAACUCCUAAAAUGAGGAGAGACUGGCAGAAAAAUGUUUUUGAGUGAUUCUAUGGUUUGUUUUGUGAAUUUUUGGGGCUACACCUUCGGGCUUUUUAUACGUAAAAUUUUGAUUUUUUAUUGAAUUUUCAAUUUCUUUCCGAUUUCUGCCAUUUCUGACUUAACAAUCCAGGGUAGUCCUUCCAAACUACUGCUAAAAAUAGCAUAUAUCUUCUAAAAUUGUAAUAUAAAUUUUUUCCAAAUACUCUCAGAAUCUGAGCGUAGUACCCUGAGAAUUCCUCCCAUAAAAUACAUUCACUUUUUUAAGGUUCCAUUCAGUACCAUCUAAACAAACCCCUCAAUUUUUUCUAAUUUCCCUUAUCAAGCUCGUUAAUCAAUUUUUUCUCUAAUAACUCUACUUUUUACAAUUUAUUUUUACGAAAAAAAGAUAAUGCGAUCACAAGUUUGACCUUUUCCCGUCUUUUUCUUUCAAAAACAUCUGAAAUUUCCCCACCGAAAAAAGUGUUUUGCUCAAAACAUUCUGUUUACUUACUACUGCAGAAUCUUGUAUAUUAUUUUGCUGCAAAACCACGUUAAUUCCAAUGUUUUUCCUUUGGCUCUGUCGCUCUCAUAAAUCUCUUUUAUCGCUUUCCCGAAAAACGUUGUCUUUUUGGUUGGAACCGCCGCCAAAUCCCGCAGAAUCCAGAACGGAGAGAAGUCGAAGAUCCCGUGCUUCUAACUGAUCUUUUUGACUGCCGAUUUGAAACUUUAUUUUCGGAAAAAGAACGUUGUUUUUGCGGGGUUUUUAGCAAAACUAUUUGGAGAUUUUUUGGGGGAUCUUGAUGAGGAUUUGAUUGAUAUAUUUUGAUGAAACUUGGGGUAAUUUUAGGUCAAUAUUUGCCAAGAAACACCAUGGAUUUUUAGCUCGUCACUUGCAGAAAUUACCAAGAUUUUUAAAUUGCAAUUUGACACGGUUGAGGACGGAAGGUCAUCAUUGUUUUCGAUGCGAAAGCGCCAAGUAAAAAUCUGACAUACUUCUGGGAAGACUGUAGUCUAAAUUUGAGCCCAGUUUCAUCAAAAUUUGUCAUUUAAAACUUCCUUUUUUUGGUAUAAAAACGUCACUAACCAAAGAGAAGAGCUUAUGACAAUUUAUAUAAAAAAACCCUUUAACUUAUCGUCCUAUAGAGACUCAUCUUCAAUAUUACCUUCGAAUAGAACAUUCUUCAAUUCCCCGCUGUUAGCCGCGAGAGUGAACUGCGGGAAGAGCGAGGAGAAACUGUUUGUUCCUCGGUUUGUUUGUUUGCCAAACCCUCUGCAAGUCUAGUUUCUUAUUCUUCUUCGCUUUCUUUCACUCACACUGGACAUUCAUAAAUUUUUAAAUCGCAAUUUUUGAGUGUUUUUCUUGGAGGAAUCGGGGUUGGAGGUGUUUGCGAAAGAGUGAUGAUAAUAAAAUAGAGGAAAGUCUGGAAGAGAGGUGCAUAGAUUUUUCUAAUCGAGCAAGUCUUGAUUUGCACUUAAAGACCUAAUUUCUUUAGUCAUCAAAGACUACUUAAGCAUUUUUGCGAGAUUUUCCCCCACUUUCUUUCAAUUUUUCCCUAUUUUUAAUUGAGUUUCCGCUGUUUUCUUCCAAAAAAUCAAAAGUCUUCUCUCAAAUCCCCAAAAAAAGGCCUUUUCACUCAGAUUCAGGUGGAGGUCGAGGGCCUUUCCUCUUCCCUUUUCUCGCGUCUACUCUAAUUAAAAUUCACGCCGAAUCUGAUGAAUCAGAUAAGGUGUGUCAAUGGGCUUUUGUUUUUCCUACCGAAGGUAAAUUUUGGGGGCAAAUAGAUCGGAUAAUUUUAGAGAUUUUUUUCUCUGACCGUCUCUCUUUAUUUUCAAACUUUCUCCACGGUCUGAGGGCUUUGAAUUAUGCCCCUGAAAUUUUCCCUCAUGUUUUGUAGCGGCAUCCUGGAUAAUUAUAUAACAAGCUUUUUUAGGCAACAGACCGUGGAAUAUAAGGAGAGACGGGCAGAGAAAAAGGUUCUUCAGGCCUUAAUUCUGUAAAUUUUUGAUCCAAAAUCUGUGAUUUUUCACCGAUUCCCUCUGAUUUUGCAAGCCUUGUUCCCGUUAUUCCAAUACGGGAGGAAUUCUUUUGUCUUUUUCCCCAUUAAUCGCCAAAAAACCUUGAAACAAAUUCAUUUUUGAGGGCGCGAAAGAGGAGAGCUCAAGGUGGAAAGAGAGGGCUCAAGUCGAAUACCUUUAGACGGGAAAUUAAUUUCGGAUAAAAGGAGGGGAAAGACGGGGUUGAACGUCCAAUAUUCCAUUAUAAUAUUGGAUGGUUUUGGUUGUAAAAGUAGCUUUAAACUUAUAGCAAACCAUAAUAUUUAUUUUUUAAGAUAGGGCUUUCAAAAUGACACUUUGAUAUGAAAAUUGGGAAAGUGAAAUUUCGCGGUCCACAAUUGAUUUUUUCUCUGCGCCAUGACAUCAUAAUUUGAAUAAUUGUAUAAAUUUCUGCCUUUCCAGGUUAGACCACCGGCAUCUUCAAGCUGGAACUCACAAGUCGAAGUAGCAGCAGUGCGUCCGAGCGCAGUACCGAAGCGAAACGGCGACGGCACCGAGAGAAAGUGGUGGACAUUGCGCCGUUCUUCAAAAGCGUCUCCGGCGAUGACUUUUGGAAUUGCAUCCCCUAUCAUUACACACAGCCCGCCAGAGCUUUCACAGAACUCCCGCAAUCUAGUCAAUGCGUAGUUGGAGACAGAGCUGGUGGUGUGAGGUUGUUGGAGGUAGAUGGGUAAGGCUUUUUCUAAAAUAAUAUCUUUUUCAUCGAAGGAAGGUACCCAAGCAAUACAAAAAAUAGUCCAUAGACUCUAGCAUAUAUAGACAUUUUUACUAUAUAUUCUUCCUUUUAGUCACGCGGAAGAGCUGGACAAGAAGCACAAUGUUCACAACGCUGAGAUUGUUGACAUUUGCGUCAACCCGGGCGCUUCUCUCGUUGCAUCCACCUCCAACGAAAAAUAUGUCAACCUUCUUCCACUGAAGGACAACAAAUUCGGAAAAUCGGAUCGCCUCAAGACAGAACAAGCAGUUCGAUCAUUGGUCUGCGUUGAGGACUGCCGCAACGGCGCUAACGCGUUGCUCUGCGGCUGUAAACAAGUAAUAUUGGCGUAUGAUGUGGUGACUCGAAAAUGUUUUGGCACAAUGUUUAAUGACCAAAGUGGUUCAACUAUUACGAAGCUGAGUGGGGUUGAAGGCUGCUUGUUGUUGAGUGCCACGGCUGAUAGAUGCAAUCAACUGUGGGACAUACGAGUUCAGCGACCGGUUAAAAGCUUCGAUGCCAUUAGUAAAUGUAAGUUUAAGGAGAGUUUACAGAGUGGUCCUGUCAAAAAAUAAUAAUCAAAAGAUUCAUUUUGAGUUUAAAAGCUAUUGUAAAGCUACAAAGAAAACUUGUUUCUUAUGAAAAUGCUCUUGUUUAUCUACAUAGUCAUAACCUUAUACAUGCCGAUUUUAGCUACCUUGGCAGCAGGUGCUCAUGUCGACAGCUCUGGCCGAGUUUUGGCUCGGAUUGACGGCAAUGACAUGUUGUAUUUCCAUGACCUCGACACUGGCAAGCUCUUCCACAAACAUCAGAUCCCGGACGUCCAAGGGCAGCUCACCGCACUUCGAUUCACUUCGCUACAGCGUUAUCUGGCCAUGGCGGAUAGUGAAAAGUAAGCGUUUUCUACAGUCUAACCUCUUGUAUAAUAACAGCAAGUUUCUAACUCAAGAAUUUUACAGUAUAUACCUCAUGGAUUGGAAUCAUCCGACCAGCGCCAUCAUCUCCAAACCCAUCGGCAAAGUGUUGCCCGAGGACAAGGUCAGCAAGAUACGAUGGCACUCCACGAACAAACAGUUCUACUGCGCUGGCAACACGGGUUUCCAAACUUUUCAGUUUGCGGAACAAUUGGAGUAAGCGGAAAAAAUAUCACAAGACAUCAAGUUAUCAUUCGGUUUUGACUCGUCACUUGACAGUAUUUUAUAUUUAAUAAUAUUUCUCUAACUACAGAAUAAAAGAGUAUUUCUUCAAUUUGAAAGGAUAUGAUUUUCCAGGGAGUAUAAUAGUUGCCAAAAGACCAUUCCCGAAGCGAUAAGCGUUCAUGUUUGCCAACUAUGACAUGCUUCUUUAGGCCGAUUUAUUAGACCAGCAGUAAUGUUACGGUGUCGUUACCGCUCCACAAAAUUCUUCCGACUUUUGAUGGCCUCUGAGGAAUCAAUUUUCCACUGUAUCUUUAGAAGUUUCGCUUUUAACAACAUAAUUUUUUAUGGAUGUUGCAACUCACCAUAAAAAGACACUCCAUGCUUUUUACAACGAAUCACAAGCAUUUUGUUUAACGGGAGUUUAUUGCACAGCAACUCCAUCUUUUAGUUAGGAAUUGUGCAAAAUUUAGAGCCUUACUCGGAAGAAUUUUACUCUCUUAAAUUUUUGCUUUUACUUUGAGGAGUCCAUUUUGCCAUAAUUUUUUGUGGUGAAUAAUAUCCGAGUCAUAUCUUCAAAUGCCGUUUUUUUUUGAACGUCAACACCCUUUCGGAAUACCAUUUUUUGCGCCGACCUUGAGAUCAGGCGACGUGCCGUGCCUUCGACCUGCUGACUUCUUUAUUUUUUCAUAAAAUUUACUUUUUUGGGAUUCGAAAGAGUCUUUUCGAAAAAGUGGAUUUCACCUUUACAAAGGAAAUGCCUCAAGCGUGAUCCGCAGGUUUUUUUAUUUUGCGUACGUAUAGCGGGUCUGGGUCACAAUCAAUUUCAGAAAAUUUUAACUCGAGCUUUGUAGGGGGAAACGAGAUAUUCAGCGAGCUUUGCGAGCUAGAAAGUGCGCAAUAGUGUUCGCGAAAGGCGGAGCGCUUGGAGAAAAAACAUUUUUUGUUCAUAUAUCCUUGCCAGCUUUGUGUGUUAAUAUUGCCCUUUUGCGCAAAGAUUACCUUCUACGGUAGCAAUAGAUAUAAUAGAUAUAAGAGUGAAGACAGAAGAUUUCGGACGAAAAUUUUUCGAAUUCACUUUUUUUUCGAUUUUGGAGUAAAAAUUUUUUUUACUCCCAAAAAUGCCAAAAAAAAGUAAACACGAAGUUUACUCCAAAAUUUGGAAAAAAUUUUGAUUUUCGGGAGUAAACUGGGAGUUUACUCGCCGGGGCCGAGAAAUCGAAUGGCGGCGAGUAAAUCUGGAUUUUGCUCGCUUCCAGUUAUUUCCUCAGCUAUCACAGAGGCACAGAUGACCCAGGACGUAAGGCGGGCGCGUUAGUAAAUAAUUCGCGCCAAACUUACGAAAAAUUUUGCCGAAUCCUGACUGGGACCCUCCCAGUCAGGAAUCCCGCGAUUCCUGCAGUCAGAAAUGUUUUUAAACGGGCGGCCUCAAAAUCGACAUCCCAGUCACCUGAGACGAAGAAACGGGGAGAAAAAACGAAGAGAGCGAGAGAAACGCGCGCUAUUUCGUGCUCUCUCUGCCUCUCUGCGCCCUCUCUUCGUUUCCCGCUCUUUCGCUCUCUCUCUCCUUUUUUUGCGCUCUCUCGCUCUUUCUUUCGAAAAGAGAGAGAGAGCGCGAAACGGAAAGAGGGCGCUGAGAGGCAGAGACAGCACGAAAUAGCGCGCGUUUCUCUCGUUCUCUUCGUUUUUUCUCCCUAUUUCUUCGUCCUAGUCAACAGUUAUUGACCCCUCACCCAGUCAAGAAUCGCGGGAUUCCUGAAUGGACCACAGUCAGGAAGUUUUGACUGUACGAAGAGUCAGGAACCCCGCGAAUCCUGAAUGGAGCCUGCCAGUCAGGAUUCGGCAAAAUUUUUCGAAAGUUCGGCGCGAAUUACUAACGCAAAUAAAAAAAAUUUUUGCGCCCAGGGGUCGACUGUUCCUCGGGAGUAAACUCUGGAUUUACUCGCCGGCACCUUCGGCGAGUAAAUUCUGAGUUUACUCCAAAAAAGGCGAAAAAAAGUAAACUCGGAAUUCACUCCAAAAAUGGAAAUUUUGAAAGCUAUUUCGAUUCCUACUCGCCGACCCAUAAAAUUUCUCGAUUUUUACUCUCUUUUUCAAAAAAAAGUGAAUUCGAAAAAUUUUCAAAAUUUUCCUCCGAAAUCUUCUGUCUUCACUCUUAUAUUACACUUUUCUCGCCGAAAUUCGCAAAAAAACCGCCACAUUUUGGCAAGUUUUGGCCUAAAAAUCUCGACCGUUAUUGCAUAGCGCAAGCUAAAAAUUUCGCACAGGGAUUGCAAAGAUUUAAUCUAAAUUUGUGACAAUUUUCAUUAAAAUUUCAGCGUCGCCGUUUCUAGCUUUACGGGGAAGAACUGACUUCUGGCAAGGAAGGCCUCAACACUCCGAGUAAAAGCUUGCUGUGCUAAAUUCUUGAAAAUUUCACAAAAAUUCACUAAACCAAUUUUUAUUUUUAAGUCUUAAAAUUUCAUUUUCCAACCGUUUUUAACUAAAAAAAAAUCCUUAUAAACACUCGUAAAUCAAUUGUCGCUACAGAAAUCGCGAUAACUGCCGGUCAGAUGUUCCGCUUUUGUGUCGCUCUAUUCGGCGCAAAAACAAGGUUACGAAUAAAAGGGGGAUUUUUUUCGGAAACCGGCUAUUUUUGUUUUUCCGAAAAAUUCCAAUCUCCAUUUUUUUAUGCAACUCUGUUUAGACGUUUUUAUACACUCAAACAGUGGGGGAUUCGUGGGUUAUUUGGUAAACAAACUAUAGUUUUAUAUAAGGAAUGGAAUUGGGAUGAUUUUACACCUGUUUUUACCGUAGAGGAUAGUGUUAAAGAAAUCAUGGCUUGAUAGAAUAGAUGUGCUUAAAAUUGAGAUUUUGUUUUCGUUUUUAAACCCGUUGUAGCGGCGUAAUCACAAGACAGCCAAAUUUAAUUUUCAGGUUGUAUUCCUUUUUAAAAUUGAUAAAGAGCUGAGUGGAUGUGCAUUUGUAAGUUAAAUUGAUGGUAUAGCAACACUUAUCAACCAGAAAAGAAAGUGGUAAGUCAAAGCUUUUUUGUCAAACCCUGCCAUGGCAGAAUUUGAUGUCAUUUCAAGAGUAGUGCGCAAUUUCUUCGCAAAAAAUCUUUUUUCUUUCCAAAUUUUGCAUUUACAGUCUCUUCUCUGUACAACGAACCGCAAAGGACAAAAAAAAUAUUUUGUUAAAAGAAGCUUGUUGUAAGGGGGUAAAUUAACUCUUGGAACAUCUGAAAUUGUCCAGUAAAGAGAUUUUCUUGCAAUAUGAGAAUUUGUUAUACAGAGUUCAACAGCAUACCCAUUCAUCUUUUGUAAAGCUGCUCUCGAGUUUCCUUCAAAGGCAAAUCAAGUUUGAACCCAAAAAAAUCAGACCAUAUUUGCUUAACGGUUAUUUAAAUAUUUGUCGCGGACCAAACCUGUGACGUUACUUACCAUUAGUCUUUUUUUAAAAACUUACUUGCUGGAUGAAUAUUUUUCGUCGUAUAAUGUAUCAAUUAUUUCACCUUUCACUGUGAAAAAGUACCGAUUUCUUAACAAAAGAGAGCCAAAAUUGUUUGGACCCACUUUUACUUUUCUAGCCAAAUAUGGGAACAAAGAGACACGAGUUAGCGUCAAAAUAAAUAAAUAUUUCCUUUCAAUGGUAAACAAAGACGCAUAGUAACGAUUCAUUCCACCGUAAUCUCAAUGUUUUCCAGAUGAUGUACAAGAUCACCGACUCGAAUAUCGAAUACGAGAAGGGGUUCCUCUCCAAUGCGACCACGAUCUCCCCUUGCUCCAGCCGUUGUUCCACCGAACUGGAGCCCUAUAUUCUCUCGCCGUAUUAUGGACAAAAGGGCCUCCGAGGGUCAUGUUAUCCACAGUUAGUCUAUUAUAUCUUCAUGGCGUCUUGCUUUGUAAUUGUGAUGCUACUUUUCGCGUACUGUACCGGCUUUAUUGAUUUUUUGCAUUACGAGCCGCCAAAACGGCAAAGAUUUUAUUAA